AUGACUUCCGAACCCAACACCCUCAGCGAGAUCAAAGUAACCGACCGGUUCGAUCUCAGCAACAAGAACUUCCUCAUCACCGGCGGUGGCCGCGGGAUCGGAUUCGCCUGCGCAAAAGCCAUCGCCCAACUCGGCGGAGGCGUCGCGGUGAUCGAUACCGCGACCCAACCAGUCGAAGAGUUCCACAGUCUCCAAACCCGCUAUAACGUCAAGACAUUCUACACGCAAGGCGACGUGACGGACCGGACGUCUCUCGAGAGCGCGUUCGCCCGCUCCGUGCAGGCCAUGGGCCAGCUGCACGGCGGGUUGACCGCGGCCGGCAUCGUCGGGGACACGCCAUUGCUGGAGGCCGACUGGGACGUCACGCAGCGGACGCUGAACGUGAACGUCCUGGGAACGUAUUGGACGGUGAAGCUCCUUGCCGAACAUCUGAUCGGGGCUGAGACCCCCGGCAGCAUCGUUGCCAUCUCCAGCAUGAACGGGCAGGGACUUUACGUCCCCGUGCAGCCCCAGUCAGCAUAUAAUGCGAGCAAAGCUGCGAUCAAGGGCUUGAUGGGUCCUCUGGCUGGAGAGCUCGGCCAGUACGGGAUUCGUGUCAACUGCAUCUCACCUGGCGCAAUCCAAACCCCCCUUCUAGCACGGUUGGAAGGAGAAAAGCGAGCGACGUUGGACUGGUACAAGGAGGGCGCACCGCUGCAACGACUCGGUAUCCCAGAAGACUUGACACCGAUGGUGUGCUACCUGCUUAGCGACGCCGCUUCUUUCACAACGGGUGCAGAUAUGCUGGUUACAGGUGGUCUGCAUGCCGGCCCGGUUCGGAAAUAA